CUCCGUGCGAACCCCGGAGCCGCCUAGUGAAAGCUAAGACGCAUAAUCUACGAUAAGGGGCUAACUACCUUCAGGAGACAGGAGGCAUUUAACAUCGCCUUACGGAGAACAAACUAGAAUUUACGCAGCAUAAUCGGCAUAUUAACACGGUUCAUAUUAGGUAGGAGAAGAGGUCUCCCACCAUGGAUGACCCCUCGACCAUUAGAGCCUCCGCUUUGGAUAAGCUUGCAGCAUUAGCGGUCAGGAGACCAGAAUGCGGCAGCGACUCUGAUAUUGCACGUCUCGUUCAGCAGACGCUACCCCCGGCUUAUCAGUCGGACAACACCCUCAAUGGUAUCUUACAUACCCAAGCCCCUACAUCACGGGUGCCUAUGGGCAUGAGGGAGCUCGAUGUACUCACUGCUCUAUGUAAAGCAUCUCCUUCAGUGGUCAAAAUCGAGCAUGCCUCAAGACUAGCUUCGCUGUUGUCUCAGUACCUUCCCGAGUCUCAUAGUCAACUCUUCCGCCCUUCCCCCUUCCUGCAUAAUGUGAAACCGUCCCCUUGGGAGAAUCUUACUCAUCAUCUUGCACUGGCUCUCCUCUCGCUGGGUUCGAGCUACCCAUCGCUACGUAAUACCGUGCUGGGUGCUCUCAACGGAUAUUUAUACAAUUGUGCCGAGGCCAUUAAAGCAGUGGCACCUCUUGAUCGCUACCAUUCGGGAACAAAUAGGCGUGAUGCUGGAUUUGAGUCCGUUGGCGUGUUGUCAAUAUCCGUCUCUCUCGUUGGCUUCUUGGGAGCUUCGGCCGAGUUUACUUCAUUCUGGUCCGCCAGUGAGAAACUACAAUUAGUCAAUAACUUGCGGUCGAUGCUCUGUGAACAGUUUUUGGUAGCUGUGGAGACUGCCUCGUCAACUGUGCGGAAUGCCACCUUGCCCGAAAAUCUGCUUAGAGAGUGGAGAAAAUAUACCCGCCGUUACGAUGCUGAUGGGCGUCCUUUAGGGGCCAUGCUGCUACAAGAGGGAUGUAUUCGAUUUGUCAAGUCAUGUGCUACAUCUAUGGCCGGGGCACGUGGCUUAUCAAAUGACGAAUUCUUCCGCGGCUGCCUGAACUGCACGGGAAUCGCUAGGAGUCCCAGCGACGCUGAGAUUGCUCUCAUUGAUCGCGUGACAGCCAUCAUCGCUGAUGAAAUUCAGCUCCUGGAAGAUGGCUCGGAUUAUCUGCAACUUGGCUCCCCUUGGCAGCAGCGGCUUGCGUUUUCCAUGAAAGCUCUGGCGUUAGUCGGAUAUCUUAACUGCAUCAUUGUGUGUGAGGAUACGACGAACAAGGAUGAGUUCCUUUCAUGGUUAGAGGAUACACUUAUGGACCCGAACCAAAUGGCUUGUGCGGAUUUAGCAACCGCUGCUCUGAGGAGCAUGGCGAUCAUUUCACGAAUUUCUGUAAGCGUCGCCUCCUCGGGAUGCCGCUCUCUCCUAAGAUUUAUUAUCGAGGGUGGUGCGCCGACCGGUUGUACUGGCUUCGUUGCUGGGAAAUGCCUUGCACAAAUUCUUGGUGUUCUUUCCCAAGACGCCGUUAUCACUACUCUCUACUCAUUGGGGAAUGUUCUGAGCUCCGGAUCAAGCACCGACAAAUCGUAUCAAAGCCAUCUGCUGGGAGAUACUGCAGCUCAUGGUGGUGCAUCUCUCCCGUUUUCAACGAUGAGAACUGGCAGUGUGGUUUCUUUCACAGCUGACGGCGAAGCAAAUAAUCUCUCCUACAAGAAUGUUGUCCGAGCCAUUGUAACAAUCGCCACGAGCUGCAAUGACGAGAAAAUAAGCGCCUUAGCACAAUCCAUGUUGCUACAAAAAAUAGGAAAGGUGAAUGCUGCCAUCGAUGCUUUUAUCAUUACGGAGACAGCUGCCAUAUCGCUGAGCACUGGACAAGCUGAGUUUCAACUUCUACUCAAGUUCUACGACCGAGCAUACCGAGACGGUAUCGCCAGGGGCUAUAGCAGUAUUACUGAUGCUGUCGAGAGUGCAUUGGCAUAUCUCUCCGUCACACUCAAAAGAAGUUCGCCGUUGUACAAUGUAUAUUUGGUUCACUUGUUAGAGAACGUUGUGAAUAAGGGUGACGCCACUGAUCUCGAAAAGGAGCGGCAGAAGGAGCUUGCUCUCGCAGCUGACGAAAUCAGCCCCCUCUUAAGGCCCCUAGCUUUGCUCGUCUCUUCUGAAAGGCGGCAGCUGGGAAAUGCACAAACGGUUGCAGAGUACGACCAGGAUAUGUCUGCUUUGUUCCGCGAUGCAUGGUUUAAUAUUGCGGUCCAUGGGAUAUCCAUCCGUUCCGCUGUCGGCCAAAGUCAUUUUGAAGAGUUGCGCUUGCUCGCGAAGCACUCACCACCCCUUGUCUCCGAAGAUCGUAUGGAGGCAACUGAAAGCGACGUUGAGCUGAAUACAAUCCUUAGACGUGGAAUGGGCUCGCAACGCCUUUCGGAGCAAAAGCGCGAUCUGAUUUCUGAGCUCCCUGGUCAUGAAGCAGAAAUAAAGCGCUUAAGUUAUCCACAGGUGGUUUUUCUCAACGCUACGCUCUUGGUUGAAAAUCUUCGUGCUUUAUCCGGAAAUUGUACCACGCUCCUUGAUUACUUCCGAGACCCGGUCUUAGCCACCCCAGAAAUGGCUAGUUGCAUGAGUGCAAUUGCAGAAAAGAUAGUGACUUGCUACCUCUCACUCACGCUCUCCGGGAAGUCUGAAGAUUUCUCUGUUCCGUUCCUAUCAAGAGAACUAGCUGGCUUUUUUAUUGCCUGCAGCCACCGCGUUGAAAGAGUCCAAAACGUGGCCGUGCUUUGUGCUAACAAGGUCAUUAAUGAAUGUCCAUCAGCCCUGUGUGAAAAGCACUCCCUAUUCGCUUUGCUCGAACUUCUGACAGUCAUGUGGCGUUCAUGCCUGGAAGGAGAACUCGACGAGUUCGAAUGGAAUCCUUCAUUUACUUCACCCACAGGAAUGGUCAAGGCCGAUCUACCCGAUAAUUAUAAUUUUAGAAAAAGGACAUUGGACGUUUUGCUCGAACGAUCCAGGGCCUGGGUAGCGGCAGCCAUGGAUAUUGCCCCCCUGGAUAUCAAAGGGCUGCUUCAGACAUAUCUGUCCCUUUCUGAUGAUCAUGCUGGUUAUGGCAACAUUUUGCUGGGGCGCUCAUUUGCACUUGAAAUGGGUUCUCUCAUUCCAAACAGUGAUCAACGGCUUGGCUCUAUCGACAUCCAUGGCCUUAGUAAGAUAAACGUUGCCUCCGACUUCAUUUCCCAAUACUCCACACGUCAGAAUUACAGGACUUUAUAUGCACCAAGUGUUGGUUGCUCAGAAAAAGGAACAAUUAGGCUCAGCGUUCACAAAGGCUCUGUGCUCUCCGAGCCCCAGCUUGCUGCAAGUGAAGCCAUGGAGAGCACGUUAUGCCAACUCUCCGCACAUAUAAAUUCAGGCGACGCUGUUUCUAUUGUUGAUGUUCGGGAUGUGUUACGCCGAGCCGCAGGCCUGCUGUGCAAUGAUAGCAACCCUUCGGCUUCCCUUGCUCAAUACCUAGUCCAAGUACCUUUCCAGCUCUUCUCGAAGGAAUCGAUGGAUAUUGGCAUAUCUCUUUGGCUGGGUGUGAUGCAUGAGAACCCAAGGGUGGAAUCCAAAAUCUUGGUGGAAGUCAUUGGGGCUUGGGAAAGAUCAAUCCAGCGUCGAAGGGGGUUGUUUGACCCGUCUUGCAACUAUGUGGAUCCAAUGUUUACCAGAAUCGAGCUUCUUCCCACUGACAAAGCUCUAAUGGUCAAAAACCAACAAAAGGCUCAGAGUGCCCUAACACCUCAUUUCCAGAUCUUGCAAUUCUUUGAAAGUCACUUUGCUGCCGUUCGGUUGGGUAACUCCCAAAUCCAGUCUCUUUUCUGCCGUCUGGUCGAUAAAACGACUGUGGGUUUUCUGCAAGCCAGCUGCCAUCCACUUGCCAGGGAACUGCAUUUUCGCAUUGUUCUGUUCGGUUUGAAAGUGUUAAAGAAUUCUCGGUUGCCAGAUCAGAACCUCGUGUGGAAACUCAAAGACCAGAUCUUGUCAGCUGCCUUGACUUGGUUUCAACAUCCGCCCAGAUGGUCAUUUGGAGGCAAUCGGUUACAGAUCAAGGCCGAAGACAGAAUACUCAAUGAUGUUGCUUCUGCUCUGGCAGACGUUGCUGGCAUUGCUUGUCACAUUCGUAGCUCCCCCAAGACGCUUCAGGCAAAGCAGGAGCUUCUCCAGCUUCUUCUGGAAGACGAAAGAUCACGUCUCAGAGUCUGGCUUUACCCCUUGGAGGCAGACCGGAAACAUCACAUGCCACAGUCAGCCGCGGUUAGAAGUUUUACAGAGGAUGCCACAAAUCUACUACGCCUUGCAUGGGCUGAAGCCCCAGGUUUAGCUAUACAUCUCUCCACCCGUUUCCCGUCUGCGAAGCUGAAGAACGACAUUCGCUGGUUGGUGCUUAAUUUUCCGGACAAGGCUAUCGAUGAGUCCAGUGCGCUUGAGACCCUGUUUGGGUCGACUCUUCCUGCCGAUGUCCAUACUCAACUGAAGUAUCUUCUAUACUGGGCCCCUGUCAAUCCCACUGAAGCCCUGACUUAUUUCCUUCCUGCCUAUGGAAACCAUCCUUUCAUACUACAGUAUGCGAUGAAAGCCCUUGAAAGUCAUUCCGUUGAUGUUCGCUUCUACUUCGUUCCACAGUUGGUCCAAGCCUUGCGAUACGAUGCUCUAGGCUAUGUAGAGCGCUACAUAUUGGAGACAGCCAAGUUAUCUCAGUUGUUUGCGCACCAAGUGAUAUGGAAUAUGAAAGCCAAUUCUUAUAAGGAUGAGGAUUCUCAGAUUCCGGAUCCCCUCAAGCCAACAUUGGACGGAUUCAUGGAUACUUUAGUGUCAAGCUUCACAGAUGAGGAGCGUGAGUUCUAUGAAAAGGAGUUUUCAUUUUUCAAUGAAAUUACCGGGAUUUCCGGAAAACUUCGGCCCUACAUCAAAAGAAGUAAGGCCGAGAAGAAGGAAAAGAUUGAGGAAGAACUCCGCAAAAUCAAGGUGGAAGUGGGUGUAUACCUCCCAAGCAACCCAGAGGGUGUUGUUGUUGGAAUCGAUCGCAAGUCCGGCAAACCGCUCCAAAGUCACGCAAAAGCGCCCUAUAUGGCGACUUUCAGGAUUCAGAAAACAAGGGCAUCGUCGGAUGAUGACAAAGCCACCCAGGAGCUCGGUGACCAUCUUCCUAAUCGGAGCCAGGAAACCUAUGAAGUAUGGCAGUCAGCCAUCUUCAAGGUUGGUGACGAUUGCCGCCAAGACAUGUUGGCUUUGCAGAUGAUUGCCGCUUUCCGGAGCAUCUUCACGAGCGUUGGACUUGAUGUGUGGGUAUUCCCUUAUCGAGUAACUUCAACGGCACCUGGUUGCGGCGUCAUUGAUGUACUUCCGAAUUCAAUUUCGCGCGAUAUGCUGGGCCGUGAGGCAGUCAAUGGCCUGUAUGACUACUUUAUCUCGAAGUACGGUGGUGAGGAGUCGAUCCGGUUUCAGGAAGCACGCACAAAUUUCGUCAAGAGUAUGGCCGCUUACUCUGUGAUUUCCUAUCUCCUACAAUUCAAGGAUCGGCAUAACGGAAAUAUAAUGAUUGACGAUGCCGGUCACAUCAUACACAUCGACUUCGGGUUCUGUUUCGAUAUUGCACCGGGAGGCGUGCGGUUUGAGCGAGCCCCCUUCAAGUUGACCUCUGAAAUGGUUGCUGUGAUGAGCGGUUCCCAGCAGACGCAUGCGGGUAACAGCUCCGGCGGCGGACUUAGUCUCCCCGGCGGUGGCUCCUAUAGUCCUACCAACACGCAGCCUUAUCGGUGGUUUGAAUCCCUGGUGGUGAAGGCAUUCCUUGCUUCGAGACCAUACAGUUCUAAACUGUCUCACAUUGUGUCGUUGAUGCUUGAUAGUGGCCUGCCUUGCUUCAAGCCCGAUACGCUGAAGAACUUCCGUGAUCGGUUUGUACUUGAAAAGACCGAAAGAGAAGCAGCCGAGUACAUGCGGGAGCUUGUCCGCAAAUCAUACAUGAGCGUUUCGACCAAAGGAUACGACCAAUUCCAAUUGUUGACAAAUGGCAUCCCGUAUUGAACUCCACGGGCACCACUUGCGGCAAGGAAGAAUGGCAGUUUGGCUAGCUGUUAUGUCUGACUACAACACUUCUCUUUCUUUAUCUUUAGUUGUUCGUACAAUUCUUCCUUCUUUUUGUCUUUCAUUGAACUCU